AUGAGAGGCAAAGUGAAAGUAGGACAGGGAUAUGUCCAGUUUGGUUGCGUUUGUUCUCAGCAUAUUUUCUGAGGACGACAGGGACCAUUCUGACACGUGUAACGGUACUCAUCGAGUGUGGGGGAAAACCACCAGGGAUCUCUUGCGUGUCUUCAACAAAUUCCAAGAUGGCAAUGAGCGACUUCCAAUCCAUCUUAUCCGCGAUGUGUUCAACAGCAUUGGCCUGUAUCCAUCCAACUCUCAAGUCUUUGAGAUGGUGCAGUGUGCGGUAGAGUAUGGCAGCCCCUGUGAGCCUGAUCACAUAACAUUCGGCGAGUUCAGUAUACUGGUCACUGAGCUCCAGAACUACUACAGCAAAAGACUCACAGCUCCCGUCCCUAAAUCUCUGUACAAGGAGAAGUCGAGGGAUACGAUGGAAUGCUCAAAGUGGAAACGAAAAGUGUUUCUUGGUGGUUCCUGUAACCCCACGACAUGGAGGCAGGAGGCUGCCAUUCCAUUCUAUAAGAAAAAAGGAAUUACAUUUUAUAAUCCACAAGUUCAAACAUGGCGCCCAGAGCUAAUGGAGUUAGAAGCUCAAGCUAAAGAGAGUGCUGAGCUGCUACUGUUUGUGAUUGACAACAGAACAAGGGCCGUGUCUUCCAUGAUUGAGACGGCAUACUUAACUGCACGCGGCAGACAGGUGAUAACUGUGAUGGAUGAUUACAAUUCUACAGAGGUCUACUUUCACCGAGAAAAGGUCACCUCAAAAGAGCUUGACGACAUAAUGAGAGGGCGACAAAUUCUUGUGGAUCUGAUCGAGAGAAAUGCCCUCCCCGUCUUCAAGGACAUUAACACGGCCCUGAAGUGUUCAGCACAUGUGUUACAAAAGAAUGUUCCUGUUUCUGAGCUUGGAAAAGAACAGGGGGCAGUCCCAACCAAAUAUGGCUUCCUUAAAGUGGGAGAAAUUCUCUUACAACUUAGAGAAGCUUUCAACUCCAUGAAUACCUCUAGUGACGGUAGACUCACUCUCUCAGAUAUUUGCCUUGCUCACCGUAGCUGUAUGGGCUACACCCUGGAUGUGAACUGGCUCAGGAAGUGUGGCCACUGGGACGACAAUGACACCUAUAGCUUCGAGGAAUUCUGCUGCAUCCUUGCCGAGUACCACUCCCAGAAAAAGUCAGUCUGGAAGAGGCUCCUAGACAUAGCCAGGAAUGUGCUUCCAUCAGGUGUGUCCCAUAAUUCCAUGUUUGACUGCAACAAAGAAUAUGAUUCGACCUUUGACAUCUACUUGGGAGGAAGCUGUGGGGAUUCAGAAUGGAGAGAUAACAUCGCCAUCCCCAUGAUAAGGAAGUACGGCUUGUCUUACACCAAUCCAAAUGUGCGUACUGAGUGGAAAUACAAGUUCAUCCCGAUGCAGGUCGCAAACCGCGAAAAGUGUCGGGUUCUUCUGUACGUCAUCACAGGAAAAACACGCUCCCUGUCCUCCAUGAUUGAGGCUGGGUAUUACAUUGGGAAAGGUUGUAAAGUUGUUCUCUGUGUCCAGAAGAUGGUGCCCGAUACGUACAUAGGAGGAGAAAAGAUAACCAAGGCGGCCGCUGACGACUACAAUAGAGGGCGCUCCUAUUUGAUCGACCUCGCCAGUCGGGAGGGCGUCCAGCUGUUUGAGGACAUCAGCGAAGCCGUUGAGUGUGCCAUAGACAGUUUACCUGAGAGGUGCUCCGUCACACCUGUGUCCCGAGCGGGCACCCCUCAGAAAAUCUCCCGCCCGAACACCCCUGUAAAAAUGCGUAAUCCCACAUUGUAGAGACUUGUGUAAUCUUCGAUUCCCCACCCCAGGGAUCAACCCCUCAUUCCGUGAGUGUGUAUAACACUCUGUCGCCGCUGCUUCUGCGGCCAUCUUGUUGUAACCCACGUAGCUUACGGCGCAUGGAGCACUUCUGAACCAGACAAAGGACUAAAACUGUCGUUGUGUAUACCAGAAGUCAGUGCCAGCUGCAUGAAUGUUUCUCUAUCGGUUCUUCUCUGAUUGGACUAUCACAUCUCACGAUGUCCAGUAGAAACGAGACUAAAUCUACCUCUCUCUCUCUCACAGUCUUAUCUGUUACUAAGUAGGGAAAACAGAAAUAUAGAGAAUCAUUAAAGGGAAGCUACUCUUGGUAUAGAAGUAGGUAAUAAACUGUUGAUUUCUACAGUAGACGUAGACUGUCCAUUCUAUAAAUCCACUAACAAAACGGGUCUUUGUAUUUUAGUGUUUCUUUGUCAGCUCUUGUUUCAUUUCUGUUAUUUCAGGCAAAAUUGUAAGGAACCAUUUUUUGUUUUUCUUUCUUUUAUUCUUUAUAUCAUUUUAUCUUGCUCAGGAAGUGACUAAUGUUUUACUGUACGUUGUGUUGAUAGAAUAAAAAGCUAUUUUGAUUUACUCA